UUGGUAUGAUCAGGAUGUUCCUCACCAACAUGUUGAGGCUGUCGGGAGGACAAGUGGUCCGUUGGUGGUUUCCAUGGCCACAGUUAUGUGGUUUCCUUUAGCUGGCUGAUUUAGAAGAGCCACCUGGACGGCAGAUGAUCCGCUUCAGCCAUGACUAAAUUUAUUGGCCAGCGCUUGUCUGAAAAAAAGCGUCAGGUUAUGUUAGAGACCAAAAACAUCUCCACCAAGGCAUGCUUACAAAACAGAAGUCUCUUUUCAAGCCAGACCUGCAGGCCAAGAAAGCAACAUCAAGAGGACUAUAGAAGUUACAGACAGUCAACAUGUACUCUUGCUGUAACUUCACAAAUCCUUGAUUAAUCAUUUCGCCAAGAAAGUGUUUAAAAAAUUAGACAAAAAUGCCCAUCGCAAUUUCCUAAAGAUAUUAAGAUCACAUGAGACAAAGGAAAGCAAUCACUCCUCACAGUUAAGAAACUUUAGAUUGAAAGGCCAAAUCUGGCUAGACAACGUGCACUGCGCCGGUGGAGAGAAGAGCCUGGCUGAGUGUGAGUCCAACGGUUUCGGAGUGUCUGACUGCAAACAUUCAGAAGAUGUCGGGGUGGUGUGUAACCAGAAGCGCAUUCCAGGCUUCAAGUUCAUCCGGAACAUGGCCAACAGCGAGGAGGGUUUGACAGUGCAGGUGGAGGAUGUGAGGAUCAGGGCCACUUAUUCUCAGAGGAAAAAGGUUCCCAUCACUGAGGGCUUUUUGGAGGUGAAAGACGGAGGCAAGUGGAGACAGAUCUGUAACGAGGAGUGGACAGAGAUGAACACCAGGGUCAUCUGUGGCAUGUACGGCUUCCCCGGAGAGCAACGCUUCAAUAGCCGACCCUACAAAUUGCUGGCCAAGCGUCGUAAGAAGAACUACUGGGGUUUCUCUGUCAACUGCACUGGCAACGAGGCCAACUUGUCUGAUUGUAAACUGGGCCGGGAGAUACAGCUGAAGGGCAACAGCACCUGCAGACAGGGCAUGCCUGUAGUGGUCAGCUGUGUGCCUGGACGCGCCUUUGCUCCCAGCGUCAGCAUUGGCUUCAGGAAGGCCUACAGGGUGGAGCAACCCUUGGUGCGUCUAAAAGGCGGAGCUAUGAUAGGCGAGGGGCGAGUAGAAGUGUUGAAGAACGGCGAGUGGGGUACAGUGUGCGACGACAACUGGAACAUUCGAGCUGCCACUGUGGUGUGUCGUGAGCUGGGAUUUGGUAGCGCCAAAGAGGCCCUGACUGGCGCCCGACUGGGCCAAGGGAUCGGGCCAGUCCACAUGAAUGAGGUUGAGUGCUCUGGGUUUGAAAAGUCACUCACUGAGUGCCACUUCAACCGUGACUCUGUGGGCUGCGGCCACGAGGAAGAUGCAGCUGUCAGGUGUAAUGUUCCUGCCAUGGGUUUCCACAAUAGACUUCGGUUAAAUGGUGGCCGUAACCCCUACGAGGGCCGCGUUGAGGUCCUGGCAGAGAAGAACGGAUCUCUGGUGUGGGGCACAGUGUGCAGUGACACCUGGGGGACCGUGGAGGCCACGGUAGUGUGCAGACAGCUGGGCUUGGGCUUUGCCAGCCACGCUUUCCAGGAAACAUGGUACUGGCAAGGGGAUUCCUCAGCCGAUGCGGUGGUGAUGAGUGGAGUGAGAUGUUCAGGAACCGAGCUGACUCUGGAACAGUGUCUACAUCAUGGGAAACACGUCCAGUGUGCCAAAGAAGGUGGACGCUUCGCUGCUGGGGUCUCAUGUACUCAGACGGCCCCAGACCUGGUCCUCAACGCUCAAGUUGUAGAGCAGACCACCUACCUGGAGGACAGGCCCAUGCAAAUGCUUCAGUGUGCCCAGGAGGAGAACUGCCUUUCCAGCACCGCCGACCAAACCGACCUCAGCUCUUACCGCCGCCUUCUCCGCUUCUCCUCCCAAAUCCACAACAACGGCCAGUCAGAUUUCAGGCCGCGGGCGGCACACCACUCCUGGAUUUGGCAUGAAUGUCACAGACAUUACCAUAGUAUGGAGGUUUUCACCCACUAUGACUUGCUGAGUCUGAAUGGCACUAGAGUGGCAGAGGGACACAAAGCCAGCUUCUGUCUGGAGGACAGCCACUGUGACGAGGGUAUCCAGAAAAGGUACGAAUGUGCAAACUUCGGCGCACAAGGAAUCACGGUUGGCUGCUGGGAUACCUACAGGCAUGACAUUGAUUGUCAGUGGAUCGAUAUCACAGACGUGAAGCCCGGAGACUACAUCUUCCAGGUUGUGAUAAACCCAAACUAUGAGGUCGCAGAAUCAGAUUUCACCAACAAUGUUAUGAAGUGCCGCUCCCGGUACGAUGGACAACGGAUAUGGACAUACAACUGUCGUAUAGGUGGCUCACUGAGUUCAGAAAUGGAGGAAACGUUCCCUGGACUGGUGACCAACCAGCUUUCACACAGGUAGACCCGAGAUGGACAACACAGAUGGACGGACAUUAGGGAAGCGAAUAUAAAUAUUUGACAACCACUAGAGGGGGCUGUACUGUUUUGCUUCCUUGGAGCUGGAUUGAUGUUGAGCUCAGAGUUCAACUGGUACAAUGGACAAUGAUUCAAUGGGAAAAAGACCUGCUUGCUUAUUACAUUUUUUAAUCACAUUCAGCUGUACAAAAAUGUGCUAAUCCCUUAGUGUCUCUUGCCUUUGUUGUCAGUGAAAUGUUGGUUUUUACCUGGCACUUAUUGGGAGAGAUGUCAGGGAGGAUUGUAGCCAAAUAAUUUAUUAAAUUAACUGUGCCAACAGUUGCCUUCCAAGCCAAAGUUUCAAGCAUUUGGGGAAACCCUCAAAUGAAAAAGCCCUCAGGUGAGACAUUCACCUUUAUUUUUAGCUUGCUUAGGGUGAAUGAAGAAAGCCUGAAUCUGGUGCUCCAAGUGGACAGAUUGUUGCACUGUAUGUUUGUUCCCCAAAGAGGUUGAAUUGAAAGACAGGUAUAUAAAUCAAAUUUGCUUCCACAGUAUUGGAUAGUCAAAGGCCUUAACUAGAACCUAAAAACAAAUACAGUACAUGAGUAUGAUGAUUAGUGCAGCACAACAAGCCACAAUCUAUGGCAACAACACAACUGACAAGACAAAUAACUCCUGUAUACAGAACUGUAUUUAAGCAAAAGUCGGAUUUAUUUUUACAUUUUCUGUCAAAGCCACCCAGUGCCAAAUAUAGUAGAUUUAUUUAUGCCAACAGUUGCUUGGAUUUUGUUCCUGCAGUAUUUCUGACAAUCUUUGAAGAUUUUCAGUCAUAAAUUUAAAACAAAAUGAAGCUGAGAGGGAAAGUGCUUUUUGCUACCAGGAUUUUGUGUUCCACAUACUUGAGGUCACUUUUGAAAGUGUUUUAUUUAUUGAUUUUUUUUUUUUGGUCGUUACAGUAGACACACAUUUUCAUCUUCAUGAAUUGCACACCCCCUCAGCUUAUUUCUCAGUUUUGUUAAAUUAUUACCAUCAGGGACUAUGAAAAUGCCUCUUCAUUGUUUUGUAAAUUUGUUUUUGUUUUUUUGUUUUGUUUUUUUAUCGUAGAGAAUUCAAUGACCCCUCUUUUAUAAGGGUCAUUGUUAGUUUUUGCCUGACUGUUUUUAUUUUGUAUGCAUGGGUGAAUGUGGAAAAGCAUUAAAUUGUUUAAAAUAAAUAUGAUAAAAGCAGAUACCAAUUAAUAUGAUGAACCUUUUUUUUUAGAAUGUUCAAAGGAACCCAGGACAAAAGUGAAGAGACACAGAAGUAAUA